UUUCUUUUCUCCAUUCUGCUUUAAUCUCUCUUUCAGGUAUUCAGGUAAGUUGUCAUUCUUUCUAUUUUUCUUCACUCAAAUGUUUUCAUUUAUCUUUUAGAUUAUUUUAUGUGCUGACUUUUGGGUCUUUGAUUUUCUCUUGCUACUUUUUUAUUUAAUUUGUGUUUUUCCUCUGCUUUCUCAACCAUGGAUGUGUUUCGGUGUUAUUUAAAAUAAAAUUUUAGGGUCUGAUUUCUCUAACUUGCAUGUGUUAGCUAGGGUUUUAAAUAAAUAAAUAGUACUAGAAGUUAAGACUUCCCCUCUAAUUUUAUGCUGUGUUUCAUAGUGCAGAUUUUGCUAUUAUUGAGCAGAGUAGUAAUUUGUUGUUGUGAUACUGUGCUAGAGUGAGCGUCGUGGUGAGUCUUAAUCUUUUAUUGCCACAAAAUUUUAGCUGGAAAUCAGUUAGCUUUUCUCUUGAUAUCAACUGAGAAAUCAGUUGGUCUAUGUUGCUUUAUAUUCGAUUCUGUGUAGAUUGUUAGAAAUAGAUUCAGUCUCAAGUAUCCUUUCUAAUCCCUUGACAUGUAAAUUAAAAGCAUAUUUGUCUAGAUGUUAAUUGUGACUCUACCCAGAAAAGCUGAACAGAUGGAUAUAGUAAAGCUGAAAGUUGUAGCAGAUAAGUUCUUUGGUAAAAGAAGUUCAUUUUUAUUUUGGUCCAUAGAUUGCAUAGGCAUUAAUUGAUGGUGCAGUCAUAGUAAUCUUUCACAUAUUCUUUGUUUGGGGGAUGUUCGAUGGAAAGUAGGAAGAAUCCUUUGAACUUGGGAGAGCUUCAAUUUGGAGGUACUCCUAUGUUACCGAACAAGCUAACUGUGAACAGUUUAGUAGUGGAAAUUCGAAGUUAGUGUUCCAUGUUGGAGGUCUUUGAUUGAAUGGGAAUAUAAUGUUCUUUGAUUUUCAACGAUCAGUAAGAAAAUAGUUGCUGAGCUUAUUUAGACCUCCUAAAUUUGGGCUAGAGUUUCAUAGACGUUCUUACCAUAUUCAUGUUAGAGCCAGUUCUAAAGAAGGAUAGACUACUAACCUUCUUUGAUUUGUGCAAAUAAGAAAAAGAAGUAAGGAAGGAAGUGGGAGGUGGGUUUAGUAUUUGCAAGAAGGGAAAUUGAUUGUGCAGAAAUGGAGGUUUGGUAGUUGACCUGAUGGUAUGCAAUCCAUGUGUUGGAAUGAAAUAUAUCUGAAUAGAGUGGAAUGGAAGCUGAAGAAUGGUAUAAUCGACCUCAACUGAUUUGGGAUUUGAAUUAGUCCAAUGAAGCCCUUGCUGAGCCCGAGCCCAAGGUCAAGGUAAUAAUGCACUUCAUAGGUUUUAACUGAAAAAAUAAUAAUUAGUGUAUGUUUCUUAGGCACAACUCUUUUAAGAUGAUAGCAUUUAAUCUCAAUCCACUUGGGCUUCCUUUUUACCAGACAGCAUGUUCCAGUCAUCGUCCGGGCUAAUAUUUUGCUCUGCCUCUGUAACACAAAAAGGCAAGAGAUAAUGAAUGCUUCUGUUUUAAGAAUGGCCUUGUAGAAUUUUGCCUUAUCAGGAAAAAAAUUAAAAAAUAACGAUCUUGAAGAUGUUUAUCUUCACUUAUGUAUUACUAGACUAGAUGUAUUUAGGCAACUACAUACAUGUUUUACUUUUAAGACAACUUGUAGGCGUUAUGUUUCCCUAAAUCAAGCUGUAUGAAAGUCAAAUAAACGAAGCUUUGUGAGUUGAUUCUGCAAAUUGGUCUAGCCUAUAGUAUUAUCCCUGUCACUUCUAUUGGCUCAAAUGAUAAGUCAAUAGUAACAAAAGGUCCACAACUCUUAAACAUUUCCCUUGUUUGAUUAAGGGAGCAAUAAGAUGGCAUAUGCACUUAAACUUAUUUAUUAUAGGAUAAAGUUCAACUAUAUGAAGCACAUAUAUGGACAGUCCCUUUGAGCUUCCUCUGCCUUUUGGCCUACAAAAUACAAAAACUAAAUCUAAAUAGUUAAUGAAAAAACUGAUUUCUUUCAGGAAACUUAUCAAACACAUAUGACACAAAUAGUAUAACCUAAGGAGUUAACAAUAUACAAUUUUUAUGAGCUCAUAUGGGAGAAAAUUCAAACAUUGUAUUGUCUUCUUUUAUGGAAGAUUUGAUUGGUUGAGAUGUUGAAUAGGUCAUAGUUGUUUAGACACUUAAUAUUCAGAUGUGUAUUCAGAUUCAGACGUCUUAAUCUUAAUGAAAACAAAUGCACUCUAAGAGUCUAUUUGAUUUAGAUUUAUUAGAGUAAUUAUUUAGUAACUUCCACGUCAAAAGCCAUCUCAAGGGAGAGAUACCAUCAAUAUGAGUAUAAUUUUUUGGAGAGAGAUACCACCAAUCCGAUUUCUGUAAUUGUUUAUCUUCAUAUUUUAUUACUAUUUUUUGUUUUUAAUUGUAUGGGUGUGUGUGCUGUAAGAAUAUAUUAAAUUUUAACUAUGACAAAAAAAAAGGGGGUUCUAACUGAGUACUUUGAAAUCAGAUGUCUGACAAAAAAAAGAAAGACGAACGACGUCCAAAUGGAGAAAAAUCUUAGACGUCGUAUUGCCUAUAAAGAAAUGCCGCCUGACCAAAAGGUAGCACUUCUAGAACGGCGUUGGGUAGAAUAUGCUGCGAGAAGACAUACUCUCUUAGAAAAUUUUACUCCUAACUGUUUUACUCAGAAAAACAUGAUUUCAGGAGAACCUGCUCUGUUCAUUCAAGAGACACCUUCUUCUUCUCGAAUUGGUUGGUUAAAUCAAACUUUAUUUUUACUUCGCCGCUCUAUUUACGUUAGAUCUUACAAAAUUAAAAUAUUUCAGGCCGCAAAUCAACACAAGUAGGUUGUUGGAAUAUCAAUCCGCUACCUUCCUAUCCUACUAUUUUAAAAAAGGUCCCAAAUUGUAGAUUCUGCAAAGCCAAAAGAUUUCAAUAUGAAACCCCAAGCUUUUGCUGUAGUAAUGGUUCAGUAAAAUUAGUUUCACACCAACUACCUCCUGAAUUAAAAAGUUUCUACUAUGGAAACUCCGAUGAAUCCAAUCAUUUCCGUACUUAUAUUAGAACAUACAAUAAUAUGUUUGCAUUCAUUUCACUUGGAGUAAAGUACGAUAAGGAAUUGGCACAAAGAACUCAAGGUAUCUACACAUUUAAAGUUGAAGGACAAAUGUAUCAUUUUCUCAAUAGCCUCACUACUACAGAUAACAAUGCAAGAAAUUUACAACUUUAUUUUUAUGAUAAUGAGAAUGAUAUAGUUAAUGGAAUGGCCUUUUCAGAAAACCUCAAUAGAUCUGUUAUUGCGAAAUUAGUCGAUAUUCUAAAAAUUAAUCCAUACUCCGUUUUUCUAAAAUCUCUAACACAUAUUCCAGACUUAUCCAACUUCUACAUCGCACUUAAAUGUGAUUCUGCUUUGGACCAACGGACAUACAACUUACCCAGUGUUUCAGAAGUUGCAGCUAUAUGGACUGAUGAAGAAUUAGACAAUCCUGCUUCUACACCACAUAUUCGUGUUUACACACAUAGCAACACUAACCAACUAGUUCACUAUUACUAUGGUUGUUACGAUGUAUUACAGUAUCCUUUGUUGUUUCCCUAUGGUGAAAACGGUUGGCAUUGUGGUAUUCAAAGAGUUAUACAAAAAGCAAACUUCCCUAGAAAUUCUUCUUCUUGCAAACAUCAGAACAUUCCAAGUGUAUCCAACAUGUCUUCAAUUGAUGGACUUCUUGAUAUUGAACAAGAAAUUUUGCAGAAAAAAAGACAGAAAAAGAACACUGUAUCUUGUCGUGAAUAUUACUGUUACAAACUUCAAAUUAGAGAUGAUGAAGAAAAUGAUACUUUACAUUUUGGGAGAGUAUUCCAACAAUUUUCUGUAGAUCAAUACAUAAAAGUGGAAACACAAAGAUUAAACUUCUUGUUAUUCAAUCAAUAUUUAUUUCGAAUUGAAGUAUUAGCAGGACUUAUUGAUCUUUUAAGACUAGGAGAAAGAGAAGCUUCAAAUAUUGGCAGAAAAACAUUCCUUCCUGCUAGCUUUACUGGGGGUCCUAGAGAUAUGCGACGUCGAUACAUGGAUGCCAUUGCAUUAGUACAACACUUUGGAAAACUCGAUAUCUUUCUGACCAUGACAUGUAAUCCUUCAUGGCCAGAAAUAGAAGAUUUCUUACUACCAACUGAUGAAAUACAAAAUAGACCUGAUUUAAUUAACCGAGUAUUUAAAGCAAAACUAGAAGAACUAAAAUCUGAUAUAGUUAAAAAAAGUAUAUUCGGAAAAGUUGCUGCUUUUAUGUACUCUAUAGAAUUUCAAAAAAGAGGUCUUCCUCAUGCACAUUUCCUUGUUAUACUUGAAAAUGAGUAUAAAUUAUUGACACCUGAGGCUUAUGAUAGAAUUGUUUGUGCCGAACUACCAAAUCCCGAUACAAAUCAAUAUUUACAUUCUUUGGUUAUUAAGCAUAUGAUGCAUGGACCUUGUGGAACUUUAAAUCCUACAAAUUCGUGCAUGAAGAAAAAGGGAUAUUGUAAAUUUAAAUACUCCAAAAGUUAUGCCAAUGGAACAUCUAAAGGUCAGAAUUCAUAUCCAAUAUAUAGGAGACGAGAUACUGGAAAAUUUGUAAAAAUUAGAGCCCAAUAACUUGACAAUUCAUGGGUAGUUCCUUACAAUCCAUAUCUACUAAGCAAGUUUAAUUGUCACAUAAAUGUUGAAGUUUGUGCAAAUAUUAAAGUUGUUAAAUAUCUCUAUAAAUACAUUUGUAAAGGGCAUGAUAAAAUUGCUUUCAAUCUACAAAGUAAUGACACUAAUAAUACAGACAUAGAUGAAAUAAAGGAAUAUAGAUCAGGCAGAUAGGUAUCACCUCCAAAAGCUAUGUGACAUUUGUUUGCGUUUCAUAUCAAUGAGAUGAAUCCCAAUGUAUGCCAAC